GCAAAGAAUUCUAUUUAUGCGAUUAAUGAAAGAAAAAACAUAGAAAAAACUUGGACAUUUUCCUUAUAAGUCGUUUAGUGUCAUUUUUCUUUCUAAAAAGAAGAUUUUUAUUGAUUUAUUUCCAAAAUAUAAGUGAUGGCUAGUUCCUCAAAUCCUUAUGUCAACAAAAUUGGCUGUCCAUAUCAUCCAAAUGUUCCGCUCAUCGAAGAUUAUCGAGCAGGUGAUCAAAUUUGUUCAGAAUGCGGAUUAGUUGUUGGCGACAGAAUUAUCGACGUUGGAUCUGAAUGGCGAACAUUUAGCAAUGAAAAAGCCGGUGUUGAUCCUUCACGUGUUGGAGGUCCAGAAAAUCCUCUACUAAGUGGUGCAGAUUUAUCGACUAUAAUUGGUCCAGCAACUGGUGCAGCUUCUUUCGACGAUUUCGGUGUUUCCAAAUAUCAAAAUCGUCGAACUAUGAGCAGCUCAGAUCGCACGCUAAUAAAUGCAUUUCGUGAAAUAAGUUCAAUGUCUGAUCGUAUAAAUCUUUCCCAAACAAUUAUUGAUCGUGCUAAUAAUCUCUUUAAGCAGGUGCACGAUCAAAAAGUCCUGAAGGGACGUGCUAAUAAUGCAAUUUGUUCUGCAUGUUUAUAUAUCGCUUGCCGACAAGAAGGUGUACCGCGUACAUUUAAAGAAAUUUGUGCCGUUAGUAGUGUGAGUAAAAAAGAAAUUGGCAAAUGUUUUAAAUUAAUACUCAAAGCAUUACAAACAAAUGUUGAAGUUAUUACCACUGGCGAUUUUAUGUCACGUUUUUGCGCUAAUUUACAAUUACCAAAUAAUGUACAACGUUGUGCGACACAUAUUGCACGUAAAACAUCGGAACUCAAUAUUAUAUCGGGACGUUCCCCUAUUUCUGUUGCUGCCGCCGCUAUUUACAUGGCUUCACAAGCAUCAGAUCAUAAACGUUCACAAAAGGAAAUUGGUGAAAUUGCUGGCGUCGCUGAUGUUACAAUUCGACAGGCCUAUCGAAUAAUGUAUUCAAAAGCCGCUCUACUAUUUCCCGAGGAUUUUAAAUUUGCAACACCGAUCGAUCAAUUGCCGCAAAUGUAAAAAGAAGAAAAAUUUUGCAUUUCUUCACGAACGCAAAAAAAAAAAAAACAACGCGAGAAUUUUAUAUUCCUUUUUUUUUUCUCUGCGAAUAAUAAGUGAAAAUUGUAAAUUUC